ACAGCAAGUGCUGAGGGAAGGAAUGAGUCUUCAAGGUCAACAAACUUCACCAUUUUGCCUUUUGGGCACUCGUCUGAAAUCACCACAACUCUAACUUCCCACGGCAGCACCUUACCAUUGAAAAGGCUUAACCUACCACCAGCAGUUCAGGGUCAGAAGGAAGAAUUGCUCCUUCUCAAAUGGAGAGUGGAACAUCCCCAGGCUCCUUGGAGAAGGGGAAGGAACUCCCAGAAGAGGAGAAUGUGCACACCCAAGUGACUGGUACUUCAGUUUCCAUCCAAUCCUCCCUUCCUGCUUUGGAGCACAAAGAAGCGACUACAUUCUCCAGGAGGAGAAAUUUGGCAUCAGAGCUCUCCUUGCUGCAUUUCUCCAGGACACCGGCUUACUUUCCUCCGUCAGAACAUUCCUCAUCUUCUGGAAGUAUAAAUGGGCUUAAGAACUCCACUGCUCUCCAAAGCCCAUCAAUCAGCCAGACAAAGAGUAUGCAAGUUGCCACCACAUUUACUGAUGGUGUCUCAAGGAUGAUCCGGUCCUUGACUGUCAGUGAACCACCUAUAAAUGAGACAGAGGGUUUCCCUGAGGACUCCAAAAUUGCUACAACUUCAGCCUCAGUCCAUUCGUCACCCUCUGUGGGAGAAUCGAGAACAAACAGUAGAGUAACCGAGAAUCCAGGACAUGGAGAAUUCAUUGAGCCAUCCACAGAAAAUGAAUUUGGAUUUACAUCUUUACAUUGGCAAAAUGAUUCCCCAACCUUCAGAGAACAUCAGCUUGCCAACAACUCAGAAGCAGGAAAUGGAAGAUCCAGGACGCAGACUGAGACUUUGUUUAGAUCAGUCCCCGUCAUCAGAGGUGGAGAGAGCACAGCACACUGGUUCUUCCCUAAGAGCAAGACAUCUGCAGAUGUGACAGAAAACUCUGCUUCAAAUCCUGAACUUUUGAACACUUUAGUCUUGACCCAGUCCUCAGACUCUGCUCAACAGUCCAGAGGAAAUAACCCAAUGUUGGGUGAGAGAAGCUAUUCAGAGUCUUCCUCUAUGUCUUUCUCAGAAAGCCUGGAUUCCUCAGCACCACGAGGAGAACGUUCAACCCGGGAAGAGAACCUUGCGCUGGGCGAUCAUUCCGAGGCGGAAGAGAGCACUUCCGGGGCGCGCUUUCGCGCCUCGCACACCUCAGCGACGCUCACCGGAAGUGGUGAGCGCACACUGCGGUCUCUCAGCCUUCCCUACGCCGCGACCUCUGCGGAAGCGGAAGUGGGCAGCCAUGCGGGUACCACCCAGCUCGGGAACGUGACGGAGCAAGCAGGCUUGCUGUCCAUGUCUACUGCCGACGUCACUGAACAUAGCUAUGGUCAAGUGGGUGGCACAGACUCUGAGCAAAGAACUUCCAGUGACCACACAGACCAUACCUAUGUUUCAUCUACUUUCACCAAAGGAGAACGGACAUUACUAUCCAUUACAGAUAAUGGUUCAUCCUCAGACACCAGCGAGAGCUCAACCUCUUAUAUUAAGAUUUCAAACUCUCCAUAUUUAGACUAUUCUUCCUCUUUUCCUACUCGUACUGAAAGAAGUAGCAUCUCAUCUUAUGAUGGGGAAUAUGCUCAGCCUUCCACUGAGUCACUGGUUCUGCAUACAUCCAACCUUCCAUCCUACACAUCCACCAUUAAUAUGCCAAACACUUUGGUUCUUCCGGAUGCCAGUACUGAAUCUGUUGGUGACUCCUCUUCUUCAGGGCUCCCUUUGCCUCUUCCCUCAGUGUCACAACCCCACCAGUUGUUUUCAUCAACUUUACCAUCAACCAGGGCCUCCACACAUCAGCUAAUGUCUACCUCUGAGACAGUCACACCUUUAUCUUCCUCACCAUCACCUUUACCAAUAUCCUUGACAGCAUCUACCUAUGACCCACUUUCUGUCUCACAAACAAUCUUACCACAUUCAUCUUCUACCCCGGUCCUGCCUAGGGCAAGAGAGAUGCCUGUGACUUCAAUUCAGACGUCAACAAUGUCAUCAUCCUUAACAAUGUUCCACAGUAGUCAAACAACAAACCCCAAGAACCAGAGCACCCCACACGAAGAGAAAGUCGUCAUGGAAGCAAAAUCCCCAACCCUGGUUUCUUUGUCCACAAAGUCCACCAAAGCUGUAACAAUGAGCUCUCCUUUGGAGGUCCCUUUGCCCCCAGCCUUAACAGAAUUCUCCACUGUGCCAGCCCUUCCAGCCAUGAGCACCAGCUUAGCCCAAAUGUCUCCAGCUUUGACAACCAUCACCACUCUCAAGUCCUCUCACUCUCCUGUUACCAGUCCCAGCACCUUGUUAAGUACAGAGGUUCUGAUCUCUGGUCCUGUACAGACUAUUGCUGGAAAACAGUUCUUGGCAACUCAUCCUGAAAUUCUAGUGCCGCAAAGCUCAACAGAAGGUGUCAUCACCACACAAAGGAACCUCGUGAAUACAGAUGAUACCACCCGAUUGAUCCCUCUGACCAGUGUACCCACAUCAGCUAAAGAAUUGACCACAAGACUUGGCGUUACAGAUAAGCACAGUCCAUCUUCACAUUUCCUCAGAACAUCUCCUUCUCCAACCACAACUGUUUCUACUGCUGAAGAAUUGACUCCUAAAUCUACCACCUUUCCUGCUCAGAGCACCACACAGUCACCAAUGGCAUUGUCACCUCCAACCUCAGUCAACAACUGUGCCAUGAACCCUUGUCUUCAUGAUGGCAAAUGCAUUGUGGACCUCACCAAUCGUGGCUAUCGAUGUACGUGCCCGCCUUCCUGGCAAGGGGAGAACUGCAGUGUGGAUGUGAAUGAAUGCCACUCAAACCCCUGCCCACCCCUGGCCACGUGCAACAAUACUCAGGGAUCUUUUAUCUGCAAAUGCCCAGUAGGGUACCAGUUGGAAAAAGGAGUGUGCAAUUUGGUUAGAACCUUCAUGACAGAGUUUAAAUUAAAGAAAAUUUUUCUCAAUACUACUGUGGAAAAACAUUCAGACUUACAUGAAGUUGAAAAUGAGAUCACCAAAACAUUAAAUGUGUGUUUUUCCAUGUUACCUGGUUAUAUCCGAUCCACAGUUCAUGUGUCUAGGGAGUCCAGUGUGGUGGUAAUCUCACUACAGACUACUUUUUCCUUGGCCUCCAAUGUGACACUGUUUGACCUGGCUGAUGGGAUCCAAAAAUGUGUCAACUCCUGCAGAUCCUCUGCUGAAGUCUGCCAGUUCUUGGGAUCUCAGAAGCGGAUCUUCAGAGCGGGCAGCUUGUGCAAACGUAAGAGUCCAGAAUGUGACAAAGAGACCUCCAUCUGCACUGACCUGGAUGGCAUUGCGCUGUGCCAGUGCAAGUCAGGCUACUUUCAGUUCAACAAGAUGGAUCACUCCUGCCGAGCAUGUGAAGAUGGAUAUAGGCUUGAAAAUGAAACCUGUAUGAGUUGCCCAUUCGGCCUUGGUGGUCUCAACUGUGGAAAUCCCUAUCAGCUUAUCACUGUGGUGAUUGCAGCAGCAGGAGGCGGGCUGCUCCUCAUCCUAGGCAUCGCACUGAUUGUUACCUGUUGUAGAAAGAGUAAAAAUGACAUAAGCAAACUCAUCUUCAAAAGUGGGGAUUUCCAGAUGUCCCCAUAUGCUGAGUAUCCCAAGAACCCUCGAUCACAAGAAUGGGGUCGAGAAGCUAUUGAAAUGCAUGAGAACGGAAGCACCAAAAACCUCCUCCAGAUGACAGAUGUGUAUUACUCGCCCACAAAUGUAAGGAAUCCUGAACUUGAACGAAAUGGACUCUACCCAGCGUACACUGGAUUGCCUGGAUCACGGCAUUCUUGCAUUUUCCCGGGACAGUACAAUCCAUCUUUCAUCAGUGAUGAGAGCAGGAGAAGAGACUACUUUUGAGUCCAAGAGAAAGAGGGCCCAUUGCCCUGGGUCAGUUCCCUGGGACCUCUGUGGCUCAGAGCAAUGCACCACAAGGGAGCAAUGUGCACUGGCCACUCCCAGGACUUGUCAGAGCCACACAUAAGUGGCAAGCAGAAAGAGGAACAGGUGUGAGGGGCGUGACCACAGUGGAAGGGGACAGAGGAUGUGGAACUCAGGCUGCUCAUUUGGCACCUUUGUUGUUACUGUGAACGUGAACAUGGGCCAGUAUCAAGAGAGUCUGAGCUGCAACAUGGCACUGGUGCCUAGGGGCAAAAGCCACAGCAGACCACUAGGUAUCAUUGCAAGGACCCAGUUUUCCCUUAGUUUGCACUUUAGUAAAUUGGGCAGGGAGGUUUCCUUUUGAAUUUGUUUCAAGACUGAUCCAGAAAAGAGGCUUCCUUUCCUGAGACACUUCCGUAGGCUAAAUUUGGUGAUUAAUUUGCAGCAGGUGCUGACACUUUAUUUUCCUGCCUGGUGCCUCCGUGCUGAAAAACAGAUGGAGUGGGGAACAUACCACAGAUUUGAUGCUGCUGCAAUCAAAUGUACAGUAUUUCAGUGUUUCUAGGUUGUCUUAUACUAGUUUCCAAGCCAACCCCCUAAAUGAGGAAUUGACAUUUGUAAGGCACACCACACAACUUCCAUUUGUCUAAGUCAAGGUGACACAUUUAUUUAAGAUUUUUUUAACCCCUUUACAGUUAAAUCUUGCUUUUCAAGCAAGUCUGGCUCAAGGCAAAACAACUUAGAUUUGGUUUUAGUUAAGAGACAUCCAGCUGUCCUCUAGAGAGACCCAGCAGGCAGAAUCAGGGGCUGGCCCUGAAUGCAGUGGGGCACUUUUCACCCAUGAGGUUACUGCAAGGGACCUGGGACUCUGACCACAAUUAUGAUGACCAAAGGCUACUAUGGAUGCUUUAGAAAAAAAAAACUAAGCACAGGUGGGUGUGUGCUGGCAUUUCACCACUGACGGAAGGUAGCCUUCUACAGUCCCUGCAGCUGAAUGUGAUUAGGGGGAUGGGCUGAAUAGACUAGAUUUCUUGCAUCACCAGGGCUUGGAAAGUCAUGAGGAUUCCUGAAGAAGAAUAGGGAGCUAGGAUGGAGUCACAGGUAAGCAAGCUGUGUUCAUAAUCUCACCCACAAACUCUGUAAACUUUCAACCAUUCAAAGCUAUUUAUUCACUGAAGAAAUAACUUACUUUCUCUCACCUAGUCAUUGGUACCUCAUUAUGCUCCUAUGUAGUGCCCUCUGGAAAUACAGUUACAGUGUAAGUCAGCAUUGGAGAACUGAAGAGUGGCUGGCUAGGGAUCUCAGAGCUUGCUUUUGGGGAAGGAAAUUCCAUGUCUUGUUUAUUAUGCCUGUGACUGGGUCCUGCAUGGCAGGCAUAUCCAGUGUUCAGUGUCUAUUCCUUGUGGAACUAUAUUCAUUUUCUUUUUGUGAAACAUCCUGGUUUUGGAUGAAGUGAAGAGAACACAGAAGUUAAAAAAUUGUCCCCACCCUGGAACUGGGAGCUCUGUGGCACACAUUUAUGGAAAUGGUGUAGCUAUUGGAAACAGUUCUGCCCAGGGCAUGUUUGUUUCUUCAAGAUUCUCUGAUCUCUUCGAAACAUAUGCAAUCUGUUUUAAGUGUGAACUUCUGUGUCCCACAAUCCCCACCACUCAUAUCACUUGCUAGAGUGGGACCAUUAAUCAGGUGCCCUGGAUUUUGGUAGUUAAGUUGCACUCAUCUCACAAGAUGAAUUCCGUUGCUGUCAGUGGAGAUUAACUUAAACUUUCAAUGCCUCACCAUCUUCAAAUCUUGGGUCUCGAAUGUAUCUGUGAAACUAAAUGGCUGUUUGUGCCUCACAUCUAAUUGGAGAGCCCUGUGCUCCUGCCCUCGGCUCACCUGAGCCAACACACCUGGAUUCCUUGUGAGACAGCCUCACCCCAGUUCCUUAUGUGGCAUCCCUGCUCUCCCUGGGGCUUCACUGCUAUGAGAGAAGCUAUCCUGUUAGCUGUCCCCAGAAACACAUAUCUGCUGCCUUCAGCUGACAUCACAGCUGGCAGAUCAUCUUCUGUAUGAGGACCAGAAGCCUUAAGCCUCACAAAAUGAAGUACUUUGUCUCCGAAGCAUUCUUGGGAAGAACUCCCAAAGAGUGUCCUGUGAGUUCCAAAAGUGCUUGCCUCUUCAUGAGUUUUGUCCAUAUAGUAGAUUAAGAUGGUUUUGCUUUAUUGUUUGUUAUCUACUGUGAAAAAAGGGAACAGCAGCAAGAUUGAAUUCACAUAGCAUCUAUAAUGUCUAGGAGGGUGGGGAAAGCAUCCUGAGUUAGGAGAAGGCUCAAAAAGAGCCUAACUGUUAACCAGUGUUCCUUGUCAACUAUGGGUGAGGAUGAGAGGCUGAGUUCACUCCCACUUAGAGGUAGUAGCUCCUGAAGGGUUUGCUUGGGCCAAAAGGAAACAGCUGGUAGGAUGUCAGCAGCCCAUGGACAGGAGAGAAAGACUGGAUGGACCCACACCUAACACUCAGGAUCUCAGCUGAGGGACAAGUGCUCAGUGUCAGGCCCCACACCUGUAACAUGCAAUCAUGUGCACAUAAAUGCAUUGGCCCUGCAAUAGGGCCCCAUAGCUGAGGAAGUGGAAAGAAUGGAAAAGCAACACUGUCCAUAAGAUGCUUCUGUAGGGGAGAGCCAGGCAAGUGAAACCUGUGCUCUAGGUGCAUGCUGGUGCAUGUGUCUCGGGGCGGGGGUUGUCAUCCCUCCUUCCCAGCAGCAAUUCUGGAUUUUAAGCUCUUAAUAGUCUUAUUUCCCUUCUUAUCCUCUUUGCUCCAUGAGCCAGUCCAGGGCACUGAGGCCUAUGUCCUGAGGAGGAUAAACAAUGUCUCGUGUUCCUGUCAUGUCCAGGUUCUACACAAGGUACUUGGCCUCAUAGCAGCCUUGUUAGUUGGCCGUGAGAGUGCUCAUUUCUUGGACAUAGAAACCUUCAGAGAGGAUAAACAACUUGCCUCAUAGAGGCAGGAUUCAAACCCCAGUCUGCCUGACUCUUCCUGUUGCUUAUUCCUCUAGAUCUCCCUGGAGGAAUCUCACCCUGCUUACAGACACCUCCCUGUGCAGUGUGCCUUCAGUGUUGUAGAGGGCAAGAGACAGUGGACCUAAAAAAUUACCUUUGGAAGAGCCUUGACAUUAGUGAACACCAACCAAGCUGAUGACAUCAAGUACAAAAGUACUAAGCACCUUUUUCAAAAUGUCAAAAUGUCCUUUCUGGUUGGUUUGUACAUAUUUUUCUUGGACACUUGUCAUCAUUAAGAAUUGGUGGUGGGCUUGUGCUCAGAAGAGCAUAUUGGUACGUGACUGUGGUAUAGUAAGUGUGAGAUGAUGGCCUGGGUAGGGUUUUGACAAGCAUAGCCAGACUUGCACAUCCCUUGAGAGCUGUCUGACUUGUUCCCAUAGUGAAACCAUGCUCCCACAUACUGGGAGUGUAUUCUUGUGAACCAUCAUGAGAAUUGGAAACCUAGUUGAAUGUCUUAAAGGCUGAUAAGUCUCCUUCUUUUGAGAGAAAGGUUAUUUUCAGAAGCUGCUAAGUCAUUUGGAGCCAUAAUUGCUGAAUGGAUGAUGCAGUCAACCUAGCAUUUGAGGUAAAAACAAAUAAACAAAAAACCCAAGGUGUGGUUUGAGUUCUUGAAGAGGUAACUCUUAAAUGCUGGCUGAUGGGAGAGAGCAGCGUCUUUGGAAUUUGACAGCCACCUAGCCAGUCUUUGAAGAAUCCUAUGUAUUCAGAUGUGAAAGUUCCAGAGCAGGUACACUAGGGUCAUGCCUAGCAACCACAUGGCUUUUUGGUGUCUUGUUAAGCCACCUUGCCCUUGGUGAAGUGUGCAGGUACCCUGCAGCUGUGGAACUUUGCCUGAAUAAAUAGAUCUGUACCAUUGAGUUGCUUACCCUUAGCUGAGUUUAGCCCAACAUACCCAAACUAGGGGUUUGACCCCUAGUUUAGAAGACUGGAGCACUAGUCUUCUAGUGGAGGAAUGCCAAGUUCAGAAUUUCAGUAUUUCAGUAUGUUGUAAUUUAUUUAAAAUUGCCUUUAGGAUCACAGUCUUUUUGGUUUUUUUGGUUUUUCUUUUUUUAUCUGAAAGCUUUUGUGGGGCUAGGAAGGGACAUUCAUUUCUUUCUUCUUCUUUCUUCCUUCUUCUUUCUUCUUCUUUCUCUUCCUUCUCCUCCUUCUUCUUCUUCUUUCUUCUUCUUCCU